CAUAUUGCCACUUUGAGAAAUCAAAACACAAUAGAAAAUAUAAGCAGUGCAAAGUGAAACGUAAUUCAUAAAUAUUUUUGACGUGGAAAUAGGACGAGAGAAAUGAAGUAUUUUUUUGGUUUCCGAAAUGGUGGACAAACAGAAGUCAGAAUGAGAAAAUGGCGAUUACAAUCUGCAAUCGUGCGAUCUAGAAAACUGCAUCAAAGGAUAAUUGCAAAAAUUCCGAGCGAACUAAAAAAAAAAUAAACAAAAUAAAAUGGAACUCCUCUAAUUGGUUGAACAUUUGCAGGAUGUGAAUCAUCUUCGUUAGAUUUCCUAAUCACGCGAUUCUUUCCAGGUCUAAGCAGAAAACGGAGUUAAAACUGUGGCUACCAAUUAUAAGAUUCAACGAAAGUUAGUAAAAGUUGAUAUUCUCGUCUUUAACAUACCAAUUAUCUUACGGAAGUUUAAAAUUUUUCUUUCAUAACUUCGUUUGAUAUGGCAACUUGAAAUAAACUAAUAAAGAGAAAAACAAUUUGGGUUAUAACUAUCCCAGAGCAAGAAGAACCGGGCUGAUGAUCAUAUGUUAGCCCUAAAUUUAGUCUCAGUAAACUAAGUAUUGUUAGAAUAAGGCUGUUUACCCUAACAAAUUUUGAGACUCAAAAGAUAAAGUGACAUAAGAAUCGAUACAGGAUGUGAUCACCGCAUGUGCGAUAACGUAAGAAAAAGUUGCAAGUCUAUACUUGUUGUUGUUUUUCUGAGCAACGAACCUGGCAGUAUGUCUCAAGAGCACAAGUGGAGACCAUGGAUGCCAUCAGGAGCCGAAGAAGCAGCUGGUGGCGAAGAAUCCAUUGAAAUUUAUAUUGAAACAUUGAUGGGCCUUGCCUUCGAAAUGACUGUUUCGCCCAAUGAUACUAUAGGGUUCAUAAAACAGAAGAUUCAACGUGCCGAAGGUAUUCCUGUAUCCCAACAGAACAUAGUGUACAACUUAUGUGAACUAUCCGAUUCGAGUACGCUUCUGGAGCAUAACAUACGGGAAGGUGCUACCUUGAAGUUAGUUUUAUCAAUGAGAGGUGGACCCAUCAGCACGCGUCGUCUUCCUCAAGUCGAUGACUAUUCUAUCAGAGAACUUCGUGAAUUUGUGGAAAACAAUAAAGAAAACAUGAUGGAACAACUGCCACCCGGUUGUCGGGUUACCGUACUCGUAUUCAGAGAAGGCGAUUCUGUUAGUUUGUUCAAAGUGAUCGAAAAUGAUGAUGGGACUUACUCCCCUAUUGCCGAAUCAUGGAGUGGAUCCUCAAUCAGAAACAUUUUCUCUGAUUCUGAUUGCGAAGAAGUGGCUGAAAGAUUGCAAGAAAAUUCCACAACCAUGGGAAAAAUGCACGCUCUCCGACAACAAAUGGAGAAGCUAUCAUUUCAAAAGUCAAAGAAAUCUAAGAAAAAAGAUGAAGACGAAAAAGGGAUUGUCAAUUCUUUGUCAGGCACAGACAAGCUCGAUAUAGUACGCAGAGAAGACGAACAUUUUAGAAAUACUUCCCUCCUUCCACCAAUUACAAGUCCGAAACUGCCUGACUCAAUUUCUAAUAGUUUUAAUUUGAGCAGUAUGCCGAAAAAAUAUCGAAACCGUAAGCCAAGAGAGCUCAAACCGUUACCACAAGAAUACUACAACGCAUUGCGAAUGCCAUCGAACAAGGAAUAUGACGAUAUUGUUUCUCAUAAGCUUGUGCCUAAUAAGUUAGAACCUAUAAAUCACGAGUUAGCAUUGGAUCACAAAAGUUUUGGCUUAAAAGGCAGUGAAAUGAUUUCUCAAACGAAAAAUUUCGGGCAUAUCGGAAGCGAAAUGAUGGCUCGAAAGAAACGCCAACAAGAACUGGCCAAUAAUAAAUCAAAACUUUACCCAUUGGACUCGUGUAAUAAUAUGUAUCUGAACGCAAAUUUCGAAAGAUACGACCCAACGAAUUGGCAGAGAAAAGAAAAUAUAGAUAAGGAUCUAAUUUUGCCAGACCUACGAAGAAAGAGCUUUGACAGUUUUCAUGAUAUCAAUGCAUACAGAUCACACCGACAUUCUCCUACGUUAUCAAACCAUGAGAAUAUGCCAAUGGAAUGUUCUGCGCCAAGUAUAGCCAUCGUUGAGGAAGAAAAUCAGCUAGAUUCAAACUUCUCACAAAAUCCGAUCACAGUCACAUCAACAGAAUCGACGACUGUUGCCAUAUCGCAAUUACCUUCAGAAAGGCUUUCAAAAUCUAAGGGCAUACCUAAAAAUCGAUUUCGAUUACGGAGGUAUGGGUUAGUAUUCACUGAUCACGAACGUCCAAAGACGUGCCCGGAUUUAAAAGUUUGUCAAAAAUCGUAUUGCGAUUUGGUGUCCGAAAAAAUGACCAGUUGUGAAGAAUCGGAUGCUGAUUCAAAAUGCGAGUACGGAGAUAUAUUUUCUAAGCACAAAAGUUGUGAAAUUACUCAGGACAAUAUCAGUGGCAAGCACAUUAUUGAAAAUCCGAAGUUUGAAAAUGGAUUUGUCGACCACAGUAUCUGUAUGGAAAAUGUCAAUGAUUUUCUGGCUCAACGUAUGUCUGAGACCGCUGCGUAUGAUUAUGAAACAGAGAAAGAGUUCUCUAACUUCAACGUAUCGGAUAAAACUAGGUUAUUCCAUCAAUCCCUUUAUAACAGAAUAACGACAGGGCGCAACUAUAUCGCUCACAAGUUAGGUGAGUCGAGCUUUGAAAGUGGAGAGACUAGCUUCCCCAAAUACGAUAACGCUGAAGGUAGACUACAUAAUCCGGGGAACGACUCUAAUGUACACUUCUUAGGCAGAGUAAAGAGUCCAGUACUCAACACUAAGGACAUUUUUGAAUCGAGUCAAGAGAAUAAGGAUAGUCUUUUUGGGUUAGGAAAUGAUAGUGGAAGAAUAGCGGAAGCAUCUAGUUACGACAGCAGCGAAUCAAGUUACCUUCAGCUCGACACAGCUGAAUUCCAGACAGUUACUGGUGCAGAACCACAAUUACAGGUUCUUGGACGAGUUCGAAGUCCUAUUCUUAGUACGAAGGACAUUUUCCACGUAGAUAAUCAGGAGUCCAACGCAUUUAAGCCUUCAACUUCGAGUAGAUUAGAGGAACUUGGUAUUGAACAAAAAAUCAAGAUUCUCGGAAGAGUUAAAAGCCCUGUGUUGGCCACGGAUAACUACAAUUUUGAAAAUGACCACGCUUUGUACGACCCAAAUCCCUCUGAUGCUGCCUUUUUUGAAAAGCAAAUCAAAAUAUUAGGCAGAGUCACAAGUCCAGUUCUUUCAUCGGAUGAGUAUAGCUACGACAAAGAAGAUAUUUUGUACCGUCCAAAUUUUCCAGUCAAUGAUAGCCGUUUGGAUAAACAUAUUCAAAUUUUGGGUAAAGUACCAAAAAGUCCACCCAAAGAUAAAAAAAAUGUACAGGCUAUCAUCUCUAAUCCUCCUAAAAAGUCGACGGUUAAGACACGUUGUUUCCACUGCCACAAGCGCCUCAAUAUCACCAAUAUCUACAAUUGUCGAUGUGGCAACUUAUUUUGCUCAGCCCAUAGGUAUUCCGAAGUCCACGGGUGCAACUAUGACUACAAAACCGCAGGCAGAAAAUUUCUUGAACAGAAUAAUCCCUUGGUUACAGCCCCAAAACUACCCAAAAUAUAGACUCGAUAUAAAUCUGCCCAGUAAUUAUAAAAUUGAUCUGUAUCUUCGGAACCCCAGCUGCUAUUGGUAUGUUGCAUUGCAUCUACGCAUACCCAUAUUACGCAAAAGUUGUUGUGUUUGGUGAGACAUUGUGUAGUAAGGGUGAUACAUGUUGGUAUAUUGUAACUAUUAAAAGAAGAAAAAAUAACGAAAAGCAUUGAAAAAAUAUAACUAGUGUCAGGCUUUGUAUUCGUCCUAAUGUGCAGAAUAGUUACUAAAACAUUCUUUUAGUGUCAUCUAUAUAUUAGUUGAUAAUUUUGACAAAAAAAUUCGCCGAAUUGACUAGAAAAUUAAUUCUCCGGCUAGCAUAAUUUGAAAAAAAGUUUCGUUUAAAAACUAAACCUUAGGAUUAUUUUCUAUAUAAAAUGCCUUGUGUAAUGUAAUAACACGGAUCACUAUCAAACAACAAUCAAUACAUUAUAGAUUAUAAAUAUUAUUGAGAAAUGCGACAAUUUUAAUGUCUAGACUAUCGACGUUUGUUUUAAUUCGUUUUACGAAUAUGACUACAUGCCUCACCCAAUCCAUUUGUACACUGCAACAUUUCUAGACCUUCACUCUGCUAUCGCCAAUGGCCUUUGUGUUGACUCCCGAAAUUGUAAAAACGAGAAAAGAAUAAAAUAAAAUAGAUUCAAAACAAA